CUCUACACGCCUUCUCUCGCUUCCUGCCUGCGUGCACUGACUUACAGACUCCAAGGUUCCGCUGAGUAUUCAGAGAAGACAGCGCUGUACCCUUGCAGAACAAUUCCAGCGGUGAUAACUGAGUAAGCUGUGGCAGGGAACAUUAGAUUAUCUAAGGAAGAAUUGUUUAGUUGUAUUCUAAUUCAAUAUUUAAGAUGGCUUUGCUGACACCUAAAAUAUGAAAUAAUGAUGUAAGGAAACAACCGCAAAAGUGCAGAAAGACCCUCGCAACAGCAUGAGAAUCCACGUACAAGGUAAAAGGUCAUCGAGUUUGUUGGGUAACCAAUUAUUUUGUUGGGUAAGAAAUUCAACAUGGUUCUCUUCUUCCUUGAGCCUUCCAUUGGUAUCAAGUACACUGCAGAUGAUGGCAUUAGUGAUGCUCCUGAUAAGAUUAUACAGCAAAGCUAAGCAUCCACUGACUAGUUUGCUCAGCUGUGCUCAGACAACAAACUGAUUGGAAUAUCACACAGCUGUCUUAUUUUGGAGAAAGAACAGAGAAUAAAAAUGGCGAUUGCCAAGACACUUUAAGAAAUGGGAGUGGUGUUGUUCUUGGAAUCAGACUAUACCAAAGUUAUAAUCAAUUCAUUUAUUGUUACAAGUAAUGAAGAAAAAAUGAAGAUAUUAUCAGGUUUGGUGGAAGUGUCAGCACUUUUCUUCUGAAGAAACAUUUAUGUCUCCGAGCGAAAAGCACAGAAAAGAAUUGAAAAAAGGUCAAGAAUACCCUCCUAAUAUCCAUCUAUGGAUGAGUGCUCCUUCCAUCUGCAGCUGCUGAUGACAUUCCAUCAUUGCACAGUCCAUAUAGCGGUCUGCAGCCUCAACAAAGAAUAAACAAAACGCCAGCUGCAGCAAGAAAACAUACAAGAACCUUUUGUACUGGAAAUCAAGAUAUACAAGAAUCACAGCCCCCAAUCCUGACUAGGCAGAACAACAGAUUCAAAACUUAGAAUAAAUAACAGGAACUUGGUGAGACUGGAAUCUCGGCAGAACCAUGACGAUGCAAUUCAGUCUGCUCAUAUGGGAUUAGGUUUAAAGAGAAGAGUGCAGAUCAGUUUGGACUCUGAAGUGUACAUGUUUGUGAAAAAUGAGAAAUUCUGUGGCUUGAGCCAGACGGCAGAGUACAUCUGCUUUUCCUUACAAAGUUCUACGAAGGUGAAGCUAUCACACACUAAGCAUUACUGGACUAUAAGCAGCUUAUUCAAUAAUUCCUGAAGUACUUCAUUGAUUUAUCCCAGAGUUUACAGCGUGGGUCACCUUACCCGAAGAUCUGAAUUUGAAUCCCAACUCUGAUCACAUUUACUGCUAUGCAUCAGCAACAAAAACAUGGCUGCUGUUGAACUACUAGCUUCAAAUUCAGAUCCUGACUGAUGGUAUGGGACUUAACACAGAGAUGCUAUUAUUACUUUACUCUGGGAAAGGUUGAUUUUUUCAGCCUUUGGAAUUUCUUACUAAUCACAAGCAGGCAUAGUCCUGGACAUGACUCAUGUGGAUUACAGCUGCACUUUACUUUCUUCAAAUGCAGACAACAGUCAAAAGAAGUCAAUCCUGUUAUAUCUGAACAGCCAGCAAAUGAAUUUUGCAACUUUAGAUGUAAAAGCAGAACACACUGAAAGAUGGAAUCGGAUCUGUUGCUUCAGAAAGGCCAAAAUGUGCAGCUUCCUGUUGGGAAUGUCCAUACUGACAUUUGUGAUGAUGUCAUACUUUUUGACUGGUGACAACAAGAGCUUCUUUCUCCCUCAGGCUUCAUUCCAGUACACUGAAUUAGCAAAUAUUGCUGAACUCCUCACAAACAGGAGUAUAAAUGAGGAGUUACAAGACUCAGAGUUUCUGGAUAAUAGUCUACAUGCACUGUAUAACGUAAGCAUUGCCUCUCUCACAGACCUCAUACAUUUCAAGUUGAAAGCUGCAUCCAGGCAACAGAGGCAACUGCCAAGUUUAAAGGACCUUGCAGCUCAAGAACCUCAUAUAUUCUCAGUUAUUCCUAAGGAAUUCUUGCCAUACAGUAGAAACCCCUGCUGGUUUGAAGAAUAUAAAGAAAGUCUGAAGACAGACCCUUAUAAGAGAAACUCUUAUCCACUGUAUUCAAAACAGUUUCGUACAACAUUUGAGUACCUCAGGAAAGCAUUUUGGAAUCACUUGAUCCAUGAAAACAACACACACUAUCGUCUUCGUUGUCUGCCUUAUUUCUAUAUUAUAGGACAGCCAAAAUGUGGCACAACAGACCUUUUUGAAAGACUUAGAAUACAUCCCCAAGUUAGAUUUUCAACUAUUAAAGAACCUCACUGGUGGACAAGGAAAAGAUAUGGUAUAGUAAGACUGAAAGAUGGUGUUCAUGAAAAGUAUCCAGUUGAAGAUUAUUUGGAUCUAUUUGAUCUGGCAACAUAUCAGCUUCAGACAAUUUCAGCACGCAGUUCAUCAGAAGGGGAACACAAAUGGAAAAAUAUCAUUAUUGGAGAAGCUAGUGCUUCAACAAUGUGGGACAACAGUGCCUGGAUAUAUUUCUACAAUAACUCUGUUGAUGGGGAGCCUCCAUUUAUGGUUCAAGACUUCAUACACGCAGUUCAGCCAGAUGCCAAAUUUAUAGCUCUACUGAGAAACCCUGUUGAAAGGUUGUACUCAGAUUAUUUGUACUUUGAAAGUACUAAUAAAUCAGCUGAAGACUUUCAUGAAAAAGUUAUUGACUCACUGCAGCAAUUUGACAGCUGCCUGCAGCAUUACUCUCUGAGAGCUUGUGUUUAUGACACAGCACUUCAUAUGUCAAUGCCUGUAAGACUGCAGCUUGGAACGUAUGUCAUUUUUCUGAAGGACUGGUUAACAGUUUUUGGAAGAGAACAACUACUCAUACUUCGACUGGAAGAUCAUGCAUCUAAUCUGAAGCAUACAAUGCACUUGGUCUUUGAGUUUCUGCACUUAGGUCCUCUCACAAGGCAGCAAGAGGAUUUGAUGACCAAAAACCCAGCACACAAUACCAGAAGACUCAAAGACCGAAACCUUGGACCCAUGUUGCCUGGAACAAAGGAAAUCCUGAAACAGUUUUACUGGCCUUUUAAUCAAAAACUUGCUGAGCUUCUCAGUGAUGUUUCCUUUUUAUGGCUGUAGAAAAAAGACUUGGUGUAAUAAGUACUUAUGAAGCAAACAGUUUUCAAAAACUGUCAAUUCUAUUUUUGAAUUUUUAAUAUAAUCAAUAAAAUAAUAUAUAAUUUUAUAAAGACGUCCUUGAUCUUAAAAGAGCUAAAGAAUUACAAUUUAUCAGUACAGCGGCUCAAACCUUCUCAAGCUUCAAAUAACUCUAAUCCUCAGUCUUUGCAUAAUGCCAUAACCAUUAUAGGCAGUACUUCAAAAGCAUCUCCUAGGGGUUGAGGAUUGCAUCAUAAACUAAGUUCCUAGGUAUCAGUAAGUAUUUUUGCAAUGCCUUCCAUAUGAGCAAUUAACAUGCACACACAAACACAGAAAUACUGACACACACACACACACACACACACACACACACACACACACACACACACACACACACACACACACACACACACACACACACACACACUUUCUAAAUGGAAAUAUUUACCAUAAUUUGCUGAAGAGAAAUAAAGGUGAUAACACAUUUACAUCAGUUUCAUAUGCUGCUUUAUAAUGAUGUAUAUUGCUUUAUUUGGCAAGAACACAAGCCAUGCUUUUUGGAUAUACUGUAGCAUGCAAAGAACACUGUGCAAUUCUGUCUCUCUAGAAUUUACACAUGACGUCUGUGAAAUCAAGCUAUAUGACAAUAUUUUGAAAGCAUAUGAUUCUGAGUUUAAUACUUUUUAUCGUGAGAUAUAUAGAUAGUUGUUAUGUUGUCCUGAAAUUAAGAAACAAGGUAUUUCAUUCUAUAACAUGAAAACCUAAAACUUCUACAUUCAGAAUACAGUCUGAUUUGUCAUUAGGUUUAUGUCCAACUUCAGUUUGUCUGCACAAGACAGACAUAACUGCAUAAUUCAAGCAAGUCAUAUGUAGCUCACAUCUACAGUACAAAAGAAAACGAAAUGAAAGGGAAUGUCAAAACAUGAAAUAUUUGUGGAGUACUAUGCGAUUAGCAGUUCAUCUGCAUGACUCAUCCUGAUUUGCAAUGGCAAAUGUUUAACACAAGCAGAAAUUCUGGAUGUUAAUUGUAAGAAGUAGUGAAAGGGAAACCACGUAUUACACAGAUGAUGUCUGGUGACUUCAUGUAGAGUUAGAUGGUCAACAGAUACGUCAGAUGCAUAACCUUAUUUAAGGUAACUUUUGUCAGAAUGUUCAGUGUGUCUCUUAGUAUGGUUUUCUGGUAUGCAGAAAUGCAUAGCAGGGAAUGGAAAUACUAGACAUAAAACAAGAGAUGGUAGUUGGAUGUGAAAUAAUAGACACAGAUAAUCAGUAAAAAAAUGUCCAGAAACCUUAAUUUGCCAGAUAUACAACAAAGUACUGAUUGAUGCUAUACAAUAAGCGAAAAAAUAUGUACUGUGUAUUGAGCAUUGUUUGAAAUGUAUGUUUCUACCUGCACAACGUUUGGGGUAACAGGCUACUCAUUCCUCAGUCUUCAGCACUCUUCCUCCUAUGCCAUAUAUGUAAAUUUCAUGAACAAUGUAUUCUCUAGAAUGUAGCUCAAAUAAACGCAGCUGCUUAUUUUC